AUGGGGUAUUUCAAAAAUAGGCCACCAUUCUAAAAGAGAAUAGCAAACUCAUCUCUGUUAAGUUAAUCCGAUGAAAUUUUAUUGGAUGAUCUCUUGUUCUUAAUUUCUUGCUUCGAGAAUAAUCAUUCAGAAUUUAUAACAAAAGCACCAUCUUAUUAUAUAGAUCAAUAUUUCCAAUUGACUUGUGAGCAGGAAUUUGCAAACUCUUAUAUAAUAAGGAAUAAAGUGCUUUUGACAUGUCAUUUAAUGCUGCACGAAUUUUAAUUAGGUAUUGAUUUUGCAGACCACUUUCUGAAUUAGAAGUUUGCAAUUCUUAUGAAUCGAAAAUCACCAAGUGUUGUUAAAACAAAUCAAUAAAAAGAGGAAUGGCUAUCUGCAAAUAUUUAGCUAAGCUAUUUUUAAUAUUUACAAAAACUUGCUGUUAACAUUUAGGUGUUUCAUGCUUGUAAAGUGUAGCAAUACCCAUUGUUCUAGGAAGGAUAAAAGUUUAUUGAUAUAUAAACAAAGCUAUUGUGGUUGUUUAAGAUAAGCAAUUUGAGUCAGGUAAACAGUGGGUUGGGAUAGAUGGAUACAUUGAAAGAAGCAUUAUUGAUGGUGCCAGAAGACAUGCUGCUAAAAGAGAUAGUGUUGGUGUACUGGUCUGACAUAAUUGUAUUUUACAAUUUUUUAAGCAAAGAGAUUUUGCAAUUAUUAGACUAUUAUAGACAUUUAGCCACAAAUAUUUGCUUAUAGUUCUACGAAUUAUAUUUACAAUUAUUCCAAAUAAGAAAUUCUAUAUCAGAUUUAUAUAAAUAUAGGAAACACUUUGAUCGAGAUAAUGUUAUUAAAUAACCUAAGUGGUUUGAUGUGAAUAAGCCUGUACAUAAGUAAAUAGAAGAGUUUAUGCUGAAAUAAAAGUUAAAUAUGGGCAAUCACACCGACAGAGCUUUCUAAAAACCACAGAUGUCAAGUAGAGGCUCUAAGUCAUAAAUUGCUCUUGAUACCAGGAUUGAUUUAAGUAAAGUGCCGAGGAAAGGCGGGGCCAUGAAAACUCAUAGAGCUGGAAGACAAGGGGAUAGUGAUGGUGACGAUGAAGAUUUUGAAGAAUUAAAAAUGAUACUAUAAAAUUCGAAUAUGCAAUCAAAAUUAGCUAAGAAGAAAUAAUAAUAGCAAUAACAAUAACAAGAUUCUUAAGUGUCAUUCUAAAAAUAAUCUCAAGAAGAAGGCACUGAUUUACCAAAAGGGGAUUGA